AUGGGCAAGGGGCCCAGGUCUUCUGCUUCGGGCCGAGCUUCGGGGAAGGCCGCCAACAGCGUCGGCGUCGGUGGCAAAAAGAAGAGGAUGACCUGGCAAGAGGAGAUCGCAGCUGCUCCACCAAAGCUCUGCGGAUCUUGCGAGCAGAUGGCGGGGGAGAUCGACAAGCACGGUGAUGGGGAGAUCAGAGUUAAGUGGCAUCGUGCAGAGAGGAGCCGCACGUCGGGGGAGGUCUACUUGACGGGCGAUGAGUGCUACCACUGCUGGGACACUCGGAGGCGGUACUUCGAGGAUGACGUCAAGACCCUCAACAAGAAGAGGCAGGAUAACAGCUCCCUCGACGCUCGCUACAGCUGCUCGCGGAAAGAUAGGGUGUUGAAACUUGGGGAGUACAAGCACGAGGAGAAGAAGACUGCUGACGCCUGGAUCACCGAGAUCGAGGCUGAGUUCUGCGAGGCUUUCGAGGAGGGCGCCUUCUACACUCUCCAGCGCUUCUGCAAGUCGCAGAAGAUCCAGCACACCGAGGACGACAGUGAUGACACCUUGAUCAGGAAGAUCCGCAGGGUGUGGCCCAACAUGGGGAUCAAGAAGGACAGCAGGCUGAAUGCGAUAGGCUGUUGGUACGUCAACGACCCCAAUCCGAACCAGGGCAACUACAAGUUCCGCAGAGGCGCCAAGCAAGAUAUGCAGACAGUCAAGCGUACGAGGUGCGCCGACGAUGAGAUGCUCGGUGAGGAGUGCAGCGAGGCGAAGACGAAGAAGGGGAAGCUGGUCGGCCUGGGGGAGAAAGUUGCCGUCGCACAGCGGCGUGACUCAGGCGAAUGCGAUGUCGCCGUCUUGAGCGACGGCGCUGGCAAGCAGAAGGCGACCCCGCAGGGGGCUGCGAUCAGGAGGCACGCCAAACUCAUGGCGAAGGUGAAGGAGAACCACACCGAGGAGCUGGAGUGGAGCAAGCGGCCGAAGACCAGGGUUCACGACUCCGUCAUCAACUCCUUGGCCAAGUCAGCCCGCGAGCUGGCCAGGUUCACUGGCGACAAGGACUGCUCGUCAUUGUCAGAGCAGGCUGGCAGGACAAUUUCAUUGCUGGGUCAGCGGCUCUCACUGUUCGAGGAGAUCAAGAACUCGACCGCCGCGAUCGCCCAGAGGACGACGACGAGCGCAGAGCACCAGGUCAUGCUCGGUUGCGCGGUGCGGCUGCGGGCGCAGAUCGUCCAGCAGGCGUCUUUUUCGCUUGCGGGUACCCACCCACCGCUGAUGCUGCAGCCGGCCGCCUGCCCUCGAAUCGAGAUGCCCGAUCAGGACUCAAACCCGCACACGUGGCCUCGCAUCGACAAGUUGUGCCUCGGGCUGUUGCUGGAGAACGUUCCUUCAGGGGAGGAGCUCGCCGCGGCUGCAUCGUUGGCAGUGCGAACUCAGACGGCCAUCGUGAGCGACAUGAUCGAGCGGAUUGUCCUCGAGAGCCCGUCGGAGCAGAAGUCCUUGGAGAUGAUUGCCGAGAUCAAGGCCGCCCUGGGCGAGGACUUCACCCCUUUCGACUUUGAUGUGACAGGAACUGGCGAUGCUGAGCCCGAGCCCCACGCCAAGUGCGGCCUCUUCGAGCAAUCCUACGUGGACAUCUCCGUGCUCAUCGUUAUCGGCGACGCCAUCGUCUGCAUGAGCGCAGGGGCUACUGUCGCUGGCGAGCUGCGCAAGCAAGCCAAGAAGAUGCUGUCUGUCGUGUCAUCAAUUUCGACUCGCGUCCGCAACCUUGCCUUAGCUACAGUGAAGGGGGGCAUCAACAACAACAUUUUCAAACGUGGAUGGGCGCAGCUAUCCGAGAUGUUCCCGAAUGAUACAGGCUUGGACUCGUCGCAGGACGCCGCGGACGCAGCCGCCAAGUUCAAGACAGUCAUGGUUCAGAAGGUUGAAGAGGCGGCGGCGGCCGUAGGGGACUCGGCGGACAUCGCGUACAACGUUGUGGUGGACUUGUGUGGCGAUUACGAAGUGGCCAUCACUGAGAAAUUCUGUUCCUUGUGCAUCGUCAAUGCCGACCCCAGCGACUUCGAUGAGCUAGCGUACUCCGACUACCAGUCGAUGGCAACCAAGGUCGUCAAGUUCCUGUGCACCACUUUGAUGGGCCAGUUCACCGUAGAGGAUCUCCAGGGUAAGCUGUCAUCUGCGAUGCACGCCGAGGCUUCGGAGGACAUGUUGCAUGAUGUCUAUUGGGUCGGGCACAUCUUCGAACAUCUGCUCAACUUUGCACCGAAGUGGACCCGCCUCCACGUUGCCAAGGAGAAGGUCCUUAUGGCGAACGCUGCAAUGGAGCUGGUGGACACCUGCAAGAUCGACGCUUCUUGUGCGACGGGGCUCCGCGAGUGGACCGCACUCUACGGGCUGGACCAGCAGUUGCUGGUGACGUUGCAGGGCGCCGCCGACGGCGCGCCCAACGAGCUCUUCGAGGCAGAGUUCGUGGAUUUCCUUCGGUGCUUGACGGACGCCUGGUCUACCGUGCAGGUUGCAACCCCUCUUGCAUCGUUCGUUCAGCGCGUGGUGCACUCAGCCCACCUCUCAGACACCUUCCUCUCCGUCGCAGAGGAGUUCGACGCAAAGCUGCCCGAUGACGUCAAGCUGACCCUGACCUCGGCUCGCUCCAUGAAGGCUUUGGAGAGGGCUUUCAACUCAAGCAGGGAUGGGAGGCCGUGCGGCCUCAUCGAGCUGACGGGCAUCCUCACCGACUGCACCGCAUGCACCAAUGCGGUCCGUGACAUCGGGACCUUCGCGAAGCAGGAGAAAGACAUGGUGAGGCUUUGGAAGGUCUUGCUGCGCGACGCCGUCACGCCCGACAUGGCCGCCGAGGUGAAGGAUUUUCUGAGCAAGUACGGUGUCGACACCUUGGCGCCAGCCUUGGACUCGUGGACUUUCACUAAAGAGCUUGCCUUCAUCACCGAUGACAAGGCUGAUGUGCAGUGGGAUGCGAAGAUCAAGCGCCUGGGGAAAUGCAUCAACGCAUCGCCGACCAAUGAGCGCAUCAUUGAGUUCCUGGGCGCUAACAUGACAGCGCUUCACUGGGCUUCAGAUGCUGAGAAGGAUGAGAUCCGCUCCUUGACCAAGGGCGCAGCGCAUCGCACGGCUGAGUGUGUACAGGUAGGCGUGGCCGUGUCUUGCCUCGCGCUGGCCAACUGCAUAUGCGCCGCGCCUGAGAGCUCUCGCCAGCGCGCCCUUGACAUGUCAGUGCAAAUGAUUUUCAAACGCUUUGCUACCAAGCUCGAGGCCCUCCCGAAGAGCCUGCAGACCAAAGUCUCAGACACGCUCGGUGGUCAGGUCUCGGCGGGGCCCUCCAAAGGGACGCACAAGUACACAGACCCAGACACGAUGGCGUCGCAGAACCAAAAUCAGGACAAGAGUGGGCAGGGCUGCUCGGACUGCGCGCCAGUGGUGCAUUGCGAUUGCCCUCCCGUGGAGCCAACCAGCUUCAAGGAGGUGAUCCACGAGCGCACGCCGGCGCUGGAGCAGGCGGGUCUGCUCGCCGGGGUCCUGGCCACAGGCGUCCUCAUCGGGGUGCAGUUCGAGCGCCUCGCGCCAGGCAGUGGCGCUGGGCGGUGCGCCAGGCGGAGGCCAGCUGCCCAGGCUGGCUCGAAGGCGACGCAGCAGCUCGGCGAGCCCACGCCGGCGGUGGAGGCGCUCGACCUCGCGGGGGAGUUCUUCGCCAUGCGGUACAACGUCGGCGGGCCUGAGCUCUGGCACGCGCGAUGCUUCUUCGGCACUCCGCUCACUUACCUCGUGGGCGUGGGCGUCAUGACCCCGGACCGCGAUGAGUAUGAGGAGGAGCUGCUGCGCGGUGGGGAUGUGCUCGACUGGGUCAGGCUUCCCGGCCCCGACUCGGUUGUGGCGCAGGCUGGUCCGCACGCCGCCUACCACAGGUUCCGCGUGCUGCCGACGGUCGCCGAGCUCACCCUGGCGUUGUCCAUCCGCUGGUGGGCGGGGCACCCGCGGCAGGCGCACCCGCAGGGGAAGUUGCUGCUGCGGUUGUCCCGGCUGCCGCGGGGGGGGGUCCAGCGGCUGGCGCUCCUGGCGUUGCUGCUGGUGGCGCUGCGGGCCCCCCGUGGGCAGGCGGCCCCGCCGGCGAUGCUGCGCCAGCCGCUGCACCUCCGCCCGCCCCCUUGCUCGCGGCUGGCGCCCCUGGAGGGGUCGCCGCUGCGGGCGGGGGUGUCCCCGCCCCUGGAGGGGGCCUCGCUCGCCUCGCCGCUGUCCUCGGUCCUGCGCCCGAACCCGCUGUCCCUCCCGGUCAGGCCGCGGAGGCAGGAGGCCCUGUCGCGCCGGCCGCCGCGGCGGCGUUCGGAGCCCCUCCACCUCUUCCUGCCGCGGCCGCUGCGCCUCCCCCGGCCAUCGGUGCUCGUGGCGACGCUCGGCACGGACCUUGUACGUGGCAACUUUUGUAUCGUGCCCGCACUCUCUGAGUGGAUCGCCAGUGAGCUUUCGAAGGAAUACUCUGUGAUGAAGGAGCGCCGGAAGGCACGCGGGGAGCGCGUCCUGGCGGUCCCAAAGAAGGGCCCCAAGGGCAACAAAGAGCAGGAGCAGGGGCGAUGCUUCCCCGGCCAGCUGCGUCUCCGGCUGGCCAGCCUGCACGAGCUGAAAUUAAUUGCUAAGAGGCGUCUGCCCAGUGUCCUGCUCGGCAUCGGGACAUCUUUCCGCUCCCUGCUCCUGGCGCUGGCUCUGGCGCCCGCGUUAAGGGAGCCCUCGACGCUGGGUCAGGACGGACUGCCAGCUGUGUCUCUCCAGCGCGCGUCGGACACUGCGGGCGCUGGGUACGUCGAUAAUUUCAUGGUUCUUGGCUCGGAUCGAGCCGCAGUUCAGGGUGGCCUGGACAAAGUAUGCCGCCGACUGGAGCCGCUGGGGCUUUCAGUGCAUGAGUUGAGCCCUGCCAGCCGUGAUGUGUCGUUCGUCGGUCUCGAGUUCACCAGCGGAUCUACGGUGUCGGUGAAGGCCAAAAACCUGUGGCGUCUUCGGUACGGUAUCGAGGCCUUGUUCAGGCGCGGGGUGUGCAGCGGCUCGGCUCUGCAGGUAAUCAUGGGGCACAUCACCUGGAUUGCGUUUUUUCGGAGAGAGGUGCUGGCAUUUUUCAGCGCUUCUUAUAAGUAUAUGCAGUCUGUGGGCGAGACCCCGCAGAAGCUGUGGCGGACGCCUCUGGUGGCGCCCACGACUCUCGGCAUGGCGCCGAAGGCCGCUCGCGGGAGGCGGGCGCGGACGAAGGCUCGACCCACGUCGCGGGCCGGCCUGCUCAAGGGGCAGCGCGCGUCGUCAGCGACCCGCCUGGCGAAGCAGCGGCAGGCGCGCGGCAACCUCAGCCUGCCGGAGCGCCUGGCCGUCAAGCCGGGCACCGAGCGCCUGUACCUGGGCGCAGCCGCCGCGUUCGCCAGCUUCUGCCAGAGCAUCGGGGCGGACUGGAGCUCGCCGCAGGAGCUGGGCACCCUCCUGGUCUCGUACUUCAACGCGGAGUUCCUGGAGGGGUCGAGCGUCGAGGAGGCCUCGAAGCUGCUGGCGAGCCUGUCGCACUUCCCCCCGGAGCUCUACAAGGCGACGGCCGAGAAGCUCCCCACCCUUGCCCUGGCGGGCUGCCUUCGCCACUUGGGCCACCCGCGCAUGUGCCUCUGGGCGGCGCUCACGUUCAUCGCCUACCUGCGGCCUCUCGAGACGUUCCAGCUGCGCGGCACGCACUUGGCGGCGCCGAAGAUCGCGGCCGGCCGCCAGUGCAGCUCGCGGGGGCUGCUCCUUCACGACGCGUCGGUCGGAGACCCGGGCAAGACGGGCAUGUUCGACGCAGUUGUCCUGCUCGACCGCUGCGACUGGCUGCUGCCCUCGCUGGAGGCCCUCAAGGCCCAGUCGCAUCCCGACGGCAGCCUCUGGGACUUCUCGCCCGCGGAGCUGCAGCGCCUCUUCGCGUCGCUGGUGCAGGUCCUCGGCCUCGACCCGCUGUCGCCUCACCUCUACUCGCUGAGGCACGGCAAGACCACGCGCCUCAUCCUGGAGAUGGCGAAGCUGCCCGAGGACGUAUUUGUGCUGGGACGAGCCGUGGAGGCGAACUUCAGCAACGUGAUGUCCGAGGGCUUCGCGGGUCCGCUGUCGGCGGUGCGGUUGCCCUCGCGCCUCGCCGCUGCUUUGGGCCCAGGCAGCGCCAUCCGCCGCGGCCUGCCGGCGAUUUCUCCGAGGGCGAAGUCCGCAGGUAUCUACAGCGCUGCUUCAGGGCCAGCGCCACUCCACAAGCCCAUUCGUAGCAGCGACAUGCCCUUCGGAGUGCCAGACCUCUCGGAGGCAGAAAAGGAGCGCAUCAGGAUUGGCAAUGCCUCGUUCAUGUUCAGUGUCGUGUUGAUCAAGAUGUGUAUUUCCCUCAACGUGCCUGUCUUCCUUGAGAAUCCCAGGGCCGCUAUCAUGUGGUGGACCCCGCAGAUGAAGGAUCUCAUGCUUAGCUCUGUUUUCUUUGACGCCUGCUCAGACUUCUGCCAGUAUGCGUGGCCUCGGGGCGGCCUGGCCGUGCGCGCGGUUGCUGUGCCCGGCCGCGCGCAGCGGCGGGGCCAGGCCGCAGGGGCGUCGUCGGGCGCCGCUGCGGCGCGCGUCGGGGCGACGCCCGUGGCUCCGCACCCCGUGUCCGGGGCUGCGGAGGCAGCUGCGCGUGCAGUGCCGUCAGGCCCGCCCCGCGCCGCGGUUUUUCGCGCGCCCGCGCCCGCCAUGCCUCUGCGGGCCGGCGCCCUCGCCGCCGCGGCGCCCUCGCCACCGCGCGCCGCCGCGCCCCGCCGCGGCCUGCGCGCCGCCGCGCCCCCGGCAGCCCCCGAGGCGGAGGUGCCCCCCGCCGCCUCCUGGGCCUCGCCUGUGCCGGCGGAGCCGCCGGCGCCCUGGCGGCGCGCCGCCGCGCGCGGGCCGCGGCGGGGCGCCGCGGCGCGCAGGGCGCUGCGGGGCGCCGCGGGCGCGAGGUCCUGGAAGGUCUCGGUGGAGGUCCCCGACCUCCCCGCGCUGCCCGACCUCGCGGCGCUUCAGGCCGCGGCCAGCGCCCUGGCGAGCGGUCUGUCCAGCACCGCGGCGCAGGCCGCCGCCGAGGCCGCCGAGGGUGCGCGGGCGGGCGCCGCCGCCGCGCCCUCGGCGGCGGUGCCGCCGGAGCUGCUGGCCGCUGUGGCGUUGCCGCCGGAUCUUGCCGCUGCGGCCGCGGGGCUGCUGGAGGCGCUGCCCGAGUGGGCUGCGCUGGAGCCCGUGCUGGCGCCGGCGGGCGCCGGGGCGCUGCUCGUGUUUCUGCUGACGCUGAGGCGCGGCGAUCAGCCCUACACCGAGCAGUUGCCCCUCCGCUACGACGGCCCGUGGAUCGAGGCGUAUUGGCAGAGGCGGCCGCUGCGCCUGUGGCAGCGCUUUGCCGACGUGGGCGCCAAGUGCGGCGCCUUCAGCCUCGCCAUCGAGCUCGACAAGCUCCUCGACAGGGUGGAGGAGAUGGAGCCGCAGCGCGCCGUGGAGGCGCGGGACCUGAUCACAGACCUCGGGCCUGCGUUCGUGAAGAUCGUCCAGGUGUGGGCUUCCAGGCCUGACGUCUUGCCAGAGGCGUACAACAGGGAGCUCGAGAAGCUGCUCGAGCGCGUCCGCCCCUUCGACAAGGAGGAGGCGAUGCUGACACUGCGGCGCAACUUUCCUGGCGAGGGAUCGGUGGAGGCCAUGUUCGAUGACAUGGGCGUCUUCGAGAAGCCCGUCGCGUCCGCGUCCAUCGGGCAGGUCUACAAGGCGACCAUGGACGGGCGCGAGGUGGCGGUGAAGGUGCAGCGGCCAGACGUGCGGGAGCAGGUGACCCUCGACCUAUAUGUCAUCCGCCGCCUCGCGGCGCUCGGAUCGCUGCUGCCCAUCGAGCGCUUCUCCCGCCAGUUUUCCAGCCUCUUCGACCUGAUAGACCGCGUGGCGCCGCCCUUCAUCGAGGAACUGGACUACGAGUUCGAGGCCAACAGCCAGCGCCGCUUCGCGGAGCUCAUCUACGGCUGCGAGCUGGUGGCGGACUCGGUGGCCGUGCCAGAGGUGGUCGCCGCGAAGCGCGAGGUGUUGGUUCAGGAGUGGCUGCCUGGCAAGAAGCUCACCGAGCCGGGGGCCGCCUCGGACCAGGCCUCGCAGGUGGUGAAGGUCCUGCUGAACGCUUACAUGGUGCAGUUUCUCGAGACCGGCCUCCUCCACGGAGAUCCCCACCCGGGCAACUUUGUGUUGAUGCCCAGUGGCAAGAUUGGCAUCCUGGACUACGGCCUCGUCACACACGUCGCGCCCAACAUACGCGUGUCCUUCAUCGAAUACAUCAUGCAUGUGCAGGCCAAGAUGUAUGACGAGUGCCUGAUCGAUCUGAUCAACCUUGGCUUUCUCCCCGAGGGACUGAAGGACGACAAGGAGGCGCGCGAGGUGAUCGUUCCCGGCCUGGCCAGCACGCUCACCAUCCUGUUCGAGCAGAGCGACCUGCGCAAGCAGAGGGAGAAGUUUGUGGCGCAGCGGGAGAACCUGGCGUCCGAGGGGAAGCUGGAGAAGCUGCAGGAGGAGCUGCGGGCGAUCGCGAGGAAGUACGGCAGCUUCCGCCUGCCCGGCUACACGACCCUCAUCAUCAGGGCCCUGGCGACCCUCGAGGGCGUGGGCAUGUCGGUGAACAACAAUUUCUCGCUGAAUUCGGAGCUCUUCCCGUACAUCGCCCGCAGGCUCCUCACGGACGACAGCCUGCGCAUCCGCGAGGCGCUGCGCGCGUACCUCUACAGGGGCCGGAAGCGCAUAGACCUCAAGCGCGUGGACGACCUCGCCAGCGGGUUCCGCUCCUUCACCAACCUCAUGAAGGGCAGCGCCGAGGUGCGGGCGAACGUCGGCGGCGCGCCCGCACCGCAGCAGCCGCAGCAGCUGCACGGCCUGCCCGCCGGCGCCCGGCCCGCCCCGCUGCCCGAGCCCGCCAGCCUGCGGAGCCUGCCGCCGCCGGCGGCCGCCGCUGGCGGCGAGGGCGCCGCCGCCGGCGAGGAGGGCGCCGGGGUGGAGAUGGCGGCCAAGGACAUUGCCGUGGUGCUCUUCUCGCCGCAGGGCAACUACCUGCAGGACGUGCUGAUCGACGAGGGCGUGGCCGCGGUCGACGCGCUCUCGCGCGCGGCCCUCGUGCAGCUCCUCGGCGCCCUGGGCCCCUUGGCCUUCCCGGUGUCGGCGCCGCUGGCGCUGCUGCUGGGCGUCGGCGACGCCCGGGGCCGCCUGCUGACUCGCGAGGACAAGGAGGCCCUGCUGCUGAUCCGGCGGCUCUCGCAGUACGCCCAGGCGGCCGCGCAGCCCGAGGGCCCGCUGGAGCCGGCGGGGCCGGGGCGCUUCGGCGAGCUGGCGCGCGCCGCGCAGGCGCUGCGGCAGCUGCAGCCCCUGGCCUCGGGGCUGCUGCCCGCCCUCGGGGAGGGCGCGGCCUCCUUCGCCCAGCGCUUCGUCCGGAAGCUGGCCAGCCGCAUCGUGGAGCGCCUCGCCGAGGGCAUCGAGGUCUCCGCCGGUCUCGGCCCGCUCCCCGGCGCGGUGCCCGCCGCGCGGGCGGAGGUGGCGGCCUAGCAGCGCCCUGGGCGCGCCGCGGGUGCCGGCGGCCGCGCGACGCGCGGUCGCACGAGGUUUUCGAGGGUUUUUCAGGAGUCUUCGAGGGUUUUCGGGAGGCGGAUGGCGGAGGGCGGAAGGACGCGGUGUGCAGCGAUGUCGAAGACAGAGGCCAUGGGCCAUGGGCGAGUCGCACUGACCACGGCCAUGGUCGCGCUGACGUGUCGUGCCAGAAGCAGCGCAGUCGUGUUCAGAGAGCGCGUGCGCGGCCGAACGGCGGGUGCGGAGGAUUUUCGGAAGCCGCGCUCGCAGAGCGCAGCGCUUCCCGCUCUCGGAAAGAGGC